AUGUAUCACGUGAUAAUUGCCGUCGGCCAAUCAGAGGAUCCCCACACAAGCGAGCCCGCACUGGAAUUUCGACCACCUCGAAAAAAGCCAUCCCGAACUCCUCAUCUCCUCGACAGUCGACAACUUCAGCCAACGAUAGCCGAACACCCACUCAAAAUGUCCAACGUCAAGACCGGCAAGAAGACCCGUUCCGCCAUUGCGGACGUCGUCACCCGCGAGUACACCAUCAACCUGCACAAGAGGACGCACGGUGUUUCCUUCAAGAAGCGUGCUCCUCGUGCUAUCAAGGAGAUCCGCGCUUUCGCCGAGCAUGCUAUGGGCACCACCGACGUCCGUCUCGACCCCCAGCUCAACAAGAAGGUCUGGGAAGCCGGUAUCAAGGGUGUUCCUUUCCGCCUCCGUGUCCGCAUCUCCCGCAAGCGUAACGACGAGGAGGGCGCCAAGGAGAAGCUCUACUCCUACGUCCAGGCUGUCAACGUCAAGGUCGCCAAGGGUCUUCACACCACCGUUGUUGAUGACGAGUAA